UGCACGCAGAGCUAGUUUUGUCUGCCGCAGCUUGAGCUCUCGAAAUUGUGUCCCUGCCAAACUUCUACCUGCAACAUCUCUAUUGAGGACUUUCGUCGUACGGAAGCAAGUUCUGUUUUGGGGUUGAAUGCAGCCAACUGCGAGACGAUUUGAAUGGUCAAACGGUAAUGCACCGUAGGACAACAGUGGAUUACAUUCACCGAUCAUCAUGAAGACGUGCAAGAGCCGGUCAAGGUGUCUCAUCCUUCUUGUUGCGUCUCUGCAUUUCGCACAUGCGCACUACGUCCCCUGCACUAUUGGGCCUCCUCACCAAACAAUUUCAAACACAACUGCAGUCCCUUCAGGUACCGAUUUCGAUAUCGAAAAGCCUCAGUCCACAAAUGUCGGUGCCACUGCUCAUAGUACCCUCCCUACAACUGUCGUCCUCGACACCACAUCAAAUAUCGAGAGCACUGACGGUAUCGAUACCAAAACAGUUGAAAAUGUCGUCAGCGGUAACUACAACACUGUCGAUACCAUGGACAUUGAUACAUCUACCAGUAUCGAUACCGGUACCGAAGUCGAUGUCGCCUCACCUACCGAAACCACAAGCAAUUCACAAAGAACUACUGGAAUCGAUACACCGACAACGGCCGCCAGUGUCGAUAGUGGUACUGACGUCGACGUCACGUUAGAGAUUGAUAUAGAGGAUCUUCAAAGACCUGUAAUCGAUGAUACAUCCAUUAAACCCUACGUCGUUCCUACAAAGACUGGCAGUACCUCCAAACAGCCAACUGAUAUUCCUUUCACAACCAGUAUCGAUACCACUCCCAAAAUCGACAUCGACAAUCCGCGCCUCAAAACCACAGCUAGUAUCGAAACCACAACAGUUAAACUUAACGUUAUCACUACAACGACAGUUGGCACUUCGAGACCAACAACCGAUUUCCCUAGUAAAUUUGAAAGCACAACCGGUAUCGAUACCGCUGCAUCCACAGACAUUGAAAACCUAAACGACAUUGAAAUCACUUUUGGAAUCGGUACCACAACAAGGCCUAAAAAGCCUGGAAGAAUGAUGUCCAAACCAACAACAGCUAGUACGCCACUCGAACUUGAAAACACAUUCAGUAUCGAUACCGCUCCCACAACAGAAAUUGUCCUGCCUACCGACCGAUUGGAAACUACUGCUGGUAUCGACGCCACAAUCACCACAACACCCGGUAUCGAUUCUGAUCUGGUAUCGACGAGCCAUACAGACACCAUCAAUCCCACAGAAUUUGAGUCAACUCUUCGUCCAUUCACCUCAACCGCUCCAAAAGAAACUUCCAUCCCCCCGCUCACGAGUCCUACCAUCCCGCCAAAUUUGUACUCGCCAGUUUUCUACGAGGAUGUUUAUUACAGCGAGGUCUACGAGUAUGGUCCCCUGGGUACGAUUCUCCGUACGGUGCAGGCGUUGGACUGGGACCAGGGAGGAGCUGGCAACAUCACGUACAGCAUCUCCAGCGGGGCGGAUGAUGAGGACGGCUGGGAGGACUUCGCCGUUCACCCGGUGACUGGAGUAGUUUUCGUUGUUGGGGAGUUGGACCGGGAGACGAAAGGCGCGUACAUGAUUGAGUUGACUGCAACAGAUCAAGGGAUGCCGCCAAGAAGUGCUGUAGCGCAACUCCAAGUUACUGUCUUGGAUGUGAACGACAAUCGUCCGUUGUUUGAGAAGCCCGGAUACGAAGCUGUCAUAGACGAGGACGCGCACCCAAUGAGCCGCGUACUGCACGUGACUGCAACCGACAAAGAUUCAGGUACAAACGGUGCAGUUAUGUACAUGCUGUCAGGCCACCACAGCAACACCUUCUCCAUCGACCACAGAAGCGGACUGAUCCGAACUCGACGGUCUCUGGAUCGCGAGAGGAUAGCUCAGUAUACCGUCAAGGUCAUUGCGACAGAUCAUUUAUUUGUAACAGUCGUCGAGGUCUUGGUGCGAGUGGGAGACGUCAACGACAACGCGCCAAAGUUCCCAAGCCCCAUCAUCCACCUGAAUGUCACCGAGAACAACCUGCCAUUCGGCCCGAUCGGAAAGGUCACCGCUACGGACGCGGACGAGGGACCCAACGCGCAGGUCUCGUACGCUUUCGUACAGCAGCGUGCGUCGCAGACGCGCCAACGCUUCCAGAUCGAGCGUGGCACGGGAAUCGUGCACACGCUGUACCGCUUCGAUCGCGAGCAGAGGUCCGAGUACGAAGCAAUCGUCCGGGCAUCGUCCGGUCGACUCUUCACCGACGCAAGUUUAGUGAUCCACAUCCUAGACCUCAAUGACAACCCGCCUACUGUGCCAUCUACUCAGGAAUUAUUUUACAACUUCCAUGCUGGAUUUAGGGGCUGCCAUAUUAUAGGAAAAGUAGGUGCUUUAGAUAAGGACAUUGGAGAUUCCUUGAAGUUUCGACUUCUUGAAGAGAACAAUAAUUUUGCCGGAGGCGAAGGAAGACGAAAAGCAUCUUCAAGUUCAUCCGAUAGAUCUACUGUUGUGUUAGGUAUGAGCUUUGCUUUGGACGAAAAUACGGGAAUAAUCCGUGCGUGUCACAGACGGUCAUCAACCUAUAGUUCACCUUCCGCCAAGCAACUGGCCAUCGAAGUUUCAGAUGGCCUUCAUAAUGUGACCUGCAGCUACACAAUGUAUCUAUUACCAGUCGACGACCAAUCUCUCAAUCAUGGCAUGUCGCUGCGGCUUCGCAUCCGUUCAGAUGUUGAGACGUUCUUGUCAAGGUAUCGAGACUUCGUAUCUGCCCUGACCGGCGUCUUUAAGACGACGGAGAACUUUGUGACUCUCAUGGUUCGCGGUGGCUUGGCGAGGUCACCGAUUGGUGUGAGCGAAUCCCCGCUAGUCCUGAGGGCCUUCUUGGCCGUCAGGCGGCGCGAUGGGACCGUCUUGGCACCGGACGAGGUUCGGUCGCUGCUCUACUUGGAGUCGGAGCAACUGCGGCGUUUCGCAGACAUCAUACCCGACCCUGUGCGUCCACAGUGCCGUCUCGUUCCCACCCUGGUCGCCGGCGAAGCCAGCGUCGUGACGGAGGUAGCCCUAGGAUUGUCCUACACUGCUUUCAACGUGAGCUUCAGGAUGAGCUGUGGGACGCCUUUGUGUGGCGCCAGUGUCUGCAGCGAGUUUGAGGAGUGCGUUCGACAGGUCGUGGAUGAAUACCAGGAAGAACAAUUCAGUUGCAGGUGUUUAUUUCCAGGCAACACGAACUGCCAGCCUCCAUUUCCAGCCGGUAAUUGCUCCGAAGCGGUUUGCAACCACCACGGAUCGUGCGCAGUCGACAAUUCAGGAUGGGUAGACUGCUUGUGCCGAGACCAGGGCAGAUACGACGGUCCACGCUGUCAAAUGACGACGCGUAGUUUCACCGACGGCUCUUUCCUGGCUUUCAUGCCGUUGGGGAGGCUGUCCAGGGAGUUCCACAUAUCACUACGAUUCAAGACGCUCAAAUCGAACGGUCUCCUGCUCUACAAUGGCCAGCUUGGCGGGAUGCGAGGCGAGUCAGUAGCUCUUCAGAUCGUUGGCGGCCGUCUGCACUUCAGUCGCUCCGGCAGGCUGGACGCGCACGCUAGUGCAGCCGGUAGCAGCGCCUCCAUUGCCCGGAAUGUCAGCGAUGGGGUCUGGCACGAUGUCCACAUUAAUCACUCUGGAGGGAGUGUCCUGAUGGGUAUAGACAACUGCACGUUAACUGCUGCCGCCUGGAAUGUGACAUCCGCCAGCCCUUCAUGCUUAGGCAUUGGUGUACAGAGAAAGACUCCACGAGCUAAGUUCCUGAACCUCAACGGGCCACUCUUUCUCGGAGGUCUCCCGCCAUUUGUGACUGCCAACCACGUGACCUCGGCCCACUUCGAAGGCUGUCUCAAUGAUGUUCGGUUCAAUUCGGCCCUCCUUGACUUCUCGACAAGACUCAAGAACGUCGGCACGACACCGCGAUGCAGUGACAAGAACGACUUGAGGGAGACUGUCACAACCAACGCCAAAGUUCCACGUGCUGUGCGAUCGCUGUCAGUUCGUCCGCGUACUCGAUCGCUGGUCGUCAAGUGGAUCCUGCCAAAAGAUAAGUCGGGUCAGGUGACCGGCUUCAAGAUCUCCUACGUUGAAGUGAAUGAAAACGACGAUCCACUGUCAGUCACCAGGACAAUUUUCAUUAACAGCGCGUCGGAGAAAGGUUUCACGAUCGAGCGAUUGACUCCAGGCACGCGAUACCGGGUCGACGUCAGGGCACUGUCCGCGGCGGGGCUCGGCCAUCCCUCCACGGACUUCGCAGUCACCAAAAAUUCCAAACCCAAGAAGUGAUGAGCAUUUUUAAGAUAUGAU